AUGGAUGCCAUCAAUGCUCAAAUUCGAACAUUGGCCCAAUCGACUGACGAUGCCGGUCGAUUGGACAUAGAGAUAGCUCUUCGAAAGAUUCGAAAGGAAAUUCAAAGCCCGCAAGAUACUCUGAUGGAACUGGGAAACUCGAAUCUACUGAUCGCAAUGAUUCGUCUCGGGGUCGACCUUGGAGUAUUUCGCGAACUAGCCAAAGUAAAUGAUGCACUGACCGUGAGUCAACUAACAGAUACUUCGCAUGCAUCAUUCACAUUCAUGGAAAGAAUCCUUCGCUAUUAUGCGUCUACGGGUGUCAUUGCCGAAGUUUCUUUCAAUAGAUAUCGGGCCAACAUUUGUACCCAUGUCCUUGCUGACCCCCGAGGCGAAGGGAUGGCACAUCAUGGGUUUGACAUAUUCGGUCCUAUCGUCCAGUCCAUGCCUGAUUUCUUUAUGGACAAGAAGUACCAAGAACCUGCAAGUAAUGUGGAUACUCCAUUCCAGAAAGCCUUCAACACAAACCUCAGUUGCUUUGAUUGGCUUGUUCAGCAUCCUAAGCAUUUUGCCUCUCUUCAAAAAGUUAUGACUUCAUUAGAAGGUGCCGAAUGGACCAAUGGCUUUGAACUCAUUGAUACUGAGGCUAAAAGUGUCAGAUUGAGCACCCCGCAGUCGUCGGAAAGACCCUUUCUCGUCGAUGUCGGCGGUGGUCAUGGUCAUCAGUGCGUUCAGUUGGGUAAAAAAUACCCUCAUCUACUUGGAAGGCUUGUGCUUCAAGAUCUUCCCGAAGCCAUUGACAGACUACCUCCAAUUGAAGGUGUCAAGGCGGAAGCGCACGACUUUUUCCAGAAACAAUCAAUUGUCGAUGCAAAAUUUUACUAUCUGCGAAGAAUCAUGCAUGAUUGGCCUGAUAAAGAAGCCCGGGCUAUUCUCAGCAAUAUCAGUAGCGUUAUGUCUUCUGACGCUCGCAUCUUGAUUGACGAAGUCGUCUUGCCAGAUACUGGUGCUCACUGGCAGGCUACGAUGGCCGACUUGUCAAUGAUGUUUGCGUUUGGUGGAAAGGAGCGUACCACUCAACAGUGGAAUUCUCUAGUGAAGCUUGUCGGUCUGCGGGUUGAACAAAUCCAUACUUAUGUCGCUUCAACCUAUACGUCUAUUCUUGUCCUAGCUCGCGAAUAA